AUGGCACUAAACGCCUACCUAAACAAGCGCGUAUCAGUCCUCACCCUCGAUGGCCGCACCAUGGUCGGGCUCCUCCACUCGUGCGACGGCAGCAUGAACCUCGUCCUCCAAGAAGCCGUCGAGCGCAUCAUCCGACCGAUAGAAGACGAAGAACCCAGUGAAGAGGUGCCUCUUGGGCUGUACAUCAUACGGGGCGAUAGUGUGGCGGUGGUGGGCAGAGUGGAUGAGGAGAUUGACACGAAGAUUGACUGGGGCAAGGUGCAUGGCGAGGUGUUGGGCGGCACGAGACAUACUUGA